AGUACCGAUUUUUAUUUUUUUUGUAUGGGGAGUGUUGCAGUCUAAUGUACAUACAUACAUGCGUAUUUGUGCCAUCCUCCAAUUGUUUACUCACAUCACUCUUAAGGUAGUUACAACAUUUAUGACGACUGUUGUUGGGGGAAUGGGUGUACUCGACAACGUCUAUCUGCAGCCAAAAAGGCAAUUCUCGAUGGAAAAACAUGUUUUACCGUAUAUGGAUAAAAUAACUAAACUGCAAUGAUAGCAAAUUAUUAUACAGGGUGCUUGCACAGCGAAAAACUAGUAAAAUUUUACAAACUAUGUAUAUCAAUGUAAUUUAAUAUGUUUGCAUCAAAUUUCAGUUAUUUGUAUAUACUAUUAUAUGUACGUAUAUUUGAAAAUGUUUGUUAAAUUAUCUCGAACUCGAAGAGACCAAAGUACUCGUUUUUUGCUUGACAUAUUGGAAUUGUGUUUUUUUUCUCCAUCUACGCGCCUAAUACCAGCCCCUACAUAUGUAAGCGCUCAAGUUCACCUUCAAUUAUUUUUUGCGGUGGGACAUCACCAAACCACUUUUGCGCAUUUCAUUCGUUGGCUGCGCGUAACAUGCAACACAACACUUUAGUAUUGCAAAAUUUUAUUGAUCGCAAAUAAAAAAUUAAUUCACUAAACAAACGUGAAGCAAACAAAGUUAACACAUUUGCAAUGUACAUCUACGAGCCACCAACAAAAAAUUCAUUUACUACAGUGGAAGAAUUCCAAGAGGCCUUCAACCUCUUCGACAAUCGCGGUGAUGGUAAAAUCCAACUGAGUCAAGUGGGCGAAUGUUUGCGUGCACUCGGUCAGAAUCCCACUGAAUCGGAUGUAAAGAAAUGCACUCACCAAUUGAAGCCUGACGAACGGAUUAGCUUCGAAGUAUUCUUACCUAUCUAUCAGGCGAUUUCCAAGGCGCGUUCUGGCGAUACUGCCGAUGAUUUCAUUGAAGGUUUGCGUCAUUUCGACAAAGAUGCCAGCGGUUUCAUUUCAUCAGCUGAAUUGAGGCAUCUACUAACUACGCUGGGUGAGAAGUUAACCGAUGAAGAGGUCGAACAGCUAAUGACCAAUCAAGAGGACACACAAGGCAAUGUGAAUUAUGAAGAAUUUGUGCGUAUGGUAAUGAAUGGUUAGAUGGAGAUAAUGUUUAUACGUUUAGCAGUGGCCUGCAUUUAAAUAAAUAAUAAAGAAAAUUAAAAACGUUUAUAAUUCCCUUAACAUGCCUACCUGUAUCAAUAUUAAUGAACGCAAUGAAAAUCAGUAAUUAACAAAAAAAAAAUUAAAAAUAAUAAAUAUUUAUGUAUGUAUAUUAAACAAAAAGUAUUCCAAGCGCAUGUGCAGCAAAUGUUUGUCGCCAAUUCGAGAAUUUAUAUAUUGAACUAAAGUAUAUACUUACUUUUAUUGUUAUUGAAGCACAUUGCAGCUGUUUGUAUGUAGCAUAUGUAUUUAUGUGUAAGCUGCAUGUGGCAGUGCAACUUUGCAUAUCCUCUAAAAUAGAAAAAAAGUUAAUAAUGUAUGUAAGCUUUUUAAGGCAUAUUACUUACGUUCGUACAUAUGUAUGUAAAUCAAUUAAUAAUGAUUAAAUGUUUUUUGUACA